CCCGCGACAAACCGAUUGAUACCAACCCAAACAUACCGCACCCCAGCACCUACAAACCCCAUCCACAAACCAAUCCGACCCAAAUAAAAAAAAAUGCGCCUCGCCCACAUCCACUACCCAAACCUAACUUCCUUCACGCGCAUCUCCCAACUCCAACAAACACUAACAACCCGACUCCUCACGCACAAGAAACUCCUCUCCUCCGCCGACACCACAACAACCCCAAUACAACCGCCAGACCCAACAAUAAUAACCUUCACACCACACCCAGUCUACACAACCGGCCGCCGCGACCUCCCGCCCUCGAACACCAGCCCCCGCGACACGACCACGACGCCCAGAGACCGCGAGUCGAACCCCAAUGCCUCAAACAACACAUGCCUCUCCCUCCCACCCCCCCUGGAAAAAAUCCGCCCGCUCCUAAUCCCACCAACGCCCUAUCCACCCCCACCAAACCACGCGCCCCCCACACAAAAAGCAGAAUACCACCCCACGCUACGCGGCGGACAAACCACGUAUCACGGGCCGGGGCAGAUGGUCGCGUACACGAUACUGGAUCUGAGGCGGUUGGGGCUCACACCGCGGUGUCAUAUCCGGUUACUGGAGAACAGUGUGGUGGAUGUGUUGGGGUCGUUUGGGGUGAGGGGGUUGAUUACUCAGGAUCCCGGGGUUUGGGUUCAUCAUCGGGAUCACCAGGGGGAGGGGCAGGGGGAAGAACUCCCCCGUAAGAUCACGGCGGUGGGCGUGCAUCUUCGUCGGAAUAUUAGUAGUUUCGGGGUUGGGUUCAAUGUCACGCAGGAGCCGAUGUGGUGGUUUCGGCAGAUUGUGGCGUGUGGGUUGGAAGGGCGCGAGGCGACGAGUUUGGCGGGUUUGGGGGUCGAUGUCGAUGUGCAGACGGUGGCGGGGAGGUUUGUGGAGGCGUUUGUGCGGCGUGUGAACGAGGAUUUUGCAGGACCGUCGGGUAAGGGGGAGGGGAUUGAGGGGGUGUAUUCGGUUACGGAGGAGGAUUUGUUGCGGGGGUAAGUUGACAUGAAGUCAUGCAGGCUGUAAGAUAUUAUAAGUAUCCUAGAUGGAUUCUCGGAGUGGUUCUCAGUGAUGUUGCUGCCUUUGACCAGCUGUCCAUCAGGCCUGCCUUGCAUGCUUUCAGAGUUUCGGAGACAAUAUCAGGGCAUUAAGUGUACACGAGGAGAACACGGUCGGUAAGAGAAGUAUAUAUAGCGAGAUGCAAACGCAGGGUGACCAAAUGCGAGGGCGACAGGCUGAAUUGCGGCGAAACAAGGUCUUCGAGGCCGCACGUAUCCAGAGCAAACUGACCUAGUCCGGUGGUCGAACAAUAGGGAGG